AUGGAACUCAACCGAGAGCAUUUUCGCUCGAUAAUUUAUUACAACUCUCAGAGUCAAUUAUCGCAACAAGAAUGCCUUGCUGAGUUACUGUCUGUUUUCGGCAACAAAGCGCCACAUCAGUCGACAAUUUCCCGUUGGUAUAAAGAAUUCAAACGUGGAGGGGUGAGUCUUAGCGACGAUCCCAGGGUGAGUGCACCAAAAACGGCAGUCACCCAGGACAACGUCGAUGCUGUGCGCAAUUUACAUGAAGAAUUAGGAGUAAGAAAAUUAGUUUCUCGUUGGAUACCCCACCUGUUGACUGAAGAGCAGAAAGCAGCCAGGGUUAAUUGGUGUCAAAAAACGCUUGACCGUUUCAAUUCCGGGAACUCAAAAAAUGUGUACAGCAUUAUUAGUGGUGAUGAAUCGUGGAUUUACUGUUAUGAACCAGAAAAUAAACGACAGUCGGCUGUUUGGGUGUUCCAAGGUGAAGAAAAGCCAACAAAAGUCAUCCGUUCUCGAAGUGUUUCGAAAAAGAUGGUCGCGACAUUUGCGUCAAAAACGGGUCAUAUUGCAACAAUUCCUCUUAAUGAGCAAAGAACUCUCAGAAAAAUCAACCCCGAAAGAAUAAUCAUCCUCCACCAAGACAAUGCAAGCUCGCACACAGUCCAAAAAACAAGGCAUCCCGAUCUAAGUCCUAACGAUUUCUUUACUUUCCCGAAAAUUAGAAACAGACUGCGUGGUCAUAGGUUCCAGUCACCAGAAGAAGCAGUUGACGCAUUCAAAAAUGCCGUUUUGGAUCUGCCAGCAAAUGAGUGGAAUAAGUGCUUCGAAAAUUGGUUCGAGUGCAUGCAUAUGUGUAUUAAUCUUCGUGGAGAAUACUUCGAAAAACACUAA